AUGUCCUCCUCCCCCCCUGCCCCCCGCAGGCCUGGCCUCCGUCUCCGCCAGUCCAUCCAGCACAUCGAGUACGCCCCUACCCCUUCCCCGCCAGCGCACAUCCCCCACUCACCGUCCCAUGACAGAUCAGAUGCUACUCACCAUCUAGCCGGUCCAUUCAGACCCCAGACUCCGCUCGAUGCCCAGUUCGCGUCUCCCACAAAACCCACCCAUCCCGGCCAGCUCGAUCCCUGGUCUACCGCGUCCUAUGGCCUCUGGGCAGAUAUCAAGUCCAUGCGAUGGGUCGUCGUACCAACUUCGUCCUUCAAGAUUCUCCUCAUCACCUUCGUCCUCUGGUCCAACUGGGAGCUCGUCCGCCCCUUCCUCGCCCCGGAGCUCUCCAACCCCUUUGCCCCCCUCAUCUUCAUCUCCCACCCCAUCCCCGACUCCGCCCCCGAUGAUCCUCGCUACGCCAAAGGAUAUCUCGAUCUUGUAUUCAUUGCUUGGUAUAUCAUCGUCUGGUCCUUCUUCCGUCAAAUCAUCACCCUCCAUAUCUCCCGCUCCGUAGGCCAAUGGUUUGGCAUCAAGAAGGAGUCUAAACUCGCUCGCUUCGGUGAACAGGGGUAUGCUAUGGCCUACUUUGCCUUCAUGGGCAUAUGGGGUAUUCGUAUUAUGUCUCAGUUCCCCACAUGGUGGUACCGCACGGAAUACUUUUGGAUAGAUUACCCCCACUGGCAAAUGAAGCCCGAGUUAAAGCGCUACUAUCUCAUGCAGGCGUCAUACUGGUGCCAACAGCUGAUUGUGCUCCUGCUCAACCUCGAGAAACCGCGCAAGGAUUAUUAUGAACUUGUUGCACACCAUUUUGUCACCCUCUGGCUUGUUGGAUGGAGCUAUCUCAUCAAUCUAACCUUCAUCGGGAACGCGGUGUAUGUUAGCAUGGAUGUACCAGAUGUCUUCAUUGCGCUGUCCAAGGCGAUCAACUACAUUCAAUAUGCGCGCACCAAGGUCGUAGUAUAUCUCCUUUUCGUCGGGAUUUGGUCAUACUUCCGCCACUUCUUGAACUUCUACAUUCUGUACUCCGUGUGGACAGAGUUUGAUCUGAUGCCAGAAACCUCGAAACGGUGGUCCCCAGAAGAUGGUGUCUGGAUGGUAUGGUGGAUGAAGUAUCAAGUCUUUGUACCGCUCGUCCUCCUGCAGUUACUCAACCUCUUGUGGUACGUUCUCAUCCUCCGGAUUGGCGUACGAGCUGCUGCGGGAAUCUUCUCCCAGGAACAGGCGGAAAAGGUGACUGACGAGCGCUCGGACGACGAAGAGGACGAGAAAGACGACUAG